ACGUGAGAAGUUUGUUUACAGUUCAUAGAUUUAUCUACCCCAUCUUACUAAAAAAGUAGACCGGUGGAAGAUAACCUAGGCUGAAGUGGAGAAGAACAGAAUGGCAGAGGAAGAAGGAAAAACAGGAAAAACUGUCCUCAUAGCGAUUGACGGAAGUGAACACGCCAAAAAAGCAUUCGAGUGGUACAAGGAAAAUGUGUUCACUCCCACGGACAAAGUGGUUCUAGUUCACGCUGUGGAGAUGCAUGAAAUCCUGAACUCUCAACAGUGGUAUGCCACUCCCUAUAGUUUUGACAGGGACACCCUGUUUUCAAUACUAGAAAAAGAAAAAGAGAAGGUGACGGCAAAGUUGGAAGAAUUUGCCCAGCUUCUCCGAGACGCAAAGAUAAACGGCACUGUUAAGAGUGUUCAUGCAGCAAGCCCCGGGGAGGGAAUCUGCAAAAUGGCGAAGGAAGUGGAGGCUGAUUUGAUCAUCACCGGAACUCGUGGUAUGGGGACUAUUCGGCGUACGUUAUUGGGGAGUGUCAGUGACUAUAUUCUACACCACGCCCACGUGCCCGUCAUUGUGUGCCGUGAUUAAAUCCGAACAUUUUAGAAUUAUAUUAGAUAAAUAACGGAAAUAAGAAUAUUUAAUAUUCAAAUGUACAAGUUGAUAACCAGAUAGAUGCGAAUGUGCCAUAUACAUGUACUUUAAUUAGAUAUCUGUGAGAAUGUAUACUGGUGGUGUUAAUUUUUUUCUGUGUGUUACAUUUGUAUAAGUUUUAGAAUUGUAAACCGUUAUGUUGAGGUCAGAUUCUGUAUGUUCUAAAUUCAUUUAAUGAAAAUACAAUAAAUAUAAAUAGCUCA